ACCGUUACAGAAGUCUUUUCAAGAACACCAGUCUCGAGUUACCUACCUACCUGUCGUCAAGCACAAUUUCAAGAGACAAAAUCAGCGCGAGUUUUUGGUUAACGAAUAACAAACGAGGCCACCGCCUCGCUACCUAAACGAAAAAAAAAAAAACAACAAAAAGACACAAAAAUCACCAAGUAAAUGACUGGAUAAUUUUCUAAAUAAGCAAGAAUCAAAAAUCCUUCAGUCAAUAUAACUGAAGAAAAUCUACAGAAAUCAUGAAACUGUGUUACACGUUAUUUCUGCUUUACACCACGCAUUGCAUCUAUGGGGCUACCGGUGCUGUAAUAAGAAAGGAACCGGCAUUCGCUACGCCUACGUAUUCCAACAGCUACUUACCAGCUGCCAUACAGGUGACGAUACACAUUGUUGACCAAAUAAAAAGAGCCGACGCCGAAGAAGCUGAGCAAAAAUUGUCGAUCAUUGAAGCGACGAGUCCGCAUCCACCCGGACAAGAACAACCUCUGCCCGGAUCGGCAUCCGUAGCAAAUGAAACGGAAACCAACGUCGCACUCGUCGAGAACGCGACGGUUUCGGACGAGGAAAAAUACUACGAUCCGCCGGAGAGGUAUCAAGAAGAGGCGUUGAUAUUCGCGAAACCGCCGGGGGUCAAUUACGAGAAAAUCAACGCAAGUGAAUUAUUAACUCCUGAAGUGAAUCAGGAGGAAUCGGAAAUUGUGUAUGGUCUGCCUGAAUCGAAUUACGAACUUCCGGAAUCUAAUCAUGAAAUACCGGAAGAAAGUAACGUGAAUGCAUCGCAAUUAGGGACAUCGUCGGAUGUAGCCACCCCUGACGCUGUUGCUGCCGUUGAUGCUGAAACCGUGCUGAAUAACGGUGACGUUGUCGCGGCUUCCGUAAACAAGGCGAACACUUGCGUUGAAUUGAAAACUAGUUCGAAACUACCGACUGCGACAAAUGCGACGCAGUCUACCGUCGACAGCGUUGUCGAGGAAAUUUACAGCAUUAUCAAAAAUACGUCGGCCACCGACAAGAACGGCGAAACGGAAGGGGGCGAUCUCAUCGUCGCACUACCCGACUGUCUGGAGGGGAAAAAUUCACCGAUAGACGGAUUAUCCGUCGAGGAAUCGUCAUCCGGAGAUAAUAAAGAGCGCCUGGAUGAAACGAAAGACGAUGAAAGAUUUUCCCUUCUCGGUGAGAAAGUCGAUCAAGUUCCGAGGCCGAGUUUGACGUCCUUUUUGAGAGGCGUUAACGGCACCGCUAACCCGACUUUGGUGGCAAUGGCCCAAUUGUACGAAGCAUUGAGUAGAGAAGCAAGAAAACAGGGCUUAUCGAAGUUCGCCGGAUAUUCAGACGAGGUUCUCGAAACUCUGAAACAAUCCGCAGGUGCUGGUGCUGGUUUGCAGCUGAAACAAUUGCUCGAAAAAAGUGUCGAAAGAAAGGAACUCACCAGAUACGAUGCCAUGGAAAGCUCGAGGCAGAUCCUCGAGAAGCUAAACGACGACGCAAGCAGACUUAGCACCGAUCUUAGGCGUUACUUACCUCUCCGUUUUAUGCCGUGAGGCGAAUUUCACCUCACCAGGUAAACUACCGGGCUUCACAUCGAGUACUGCUGAUACCUGGAACUAAAUAGUCCAUUUUCUCGUUACUGCGUGAGUGAGCUGUGAGGUAUUAUUGUUCAUGGACUUUGAUUUUUUAUAUACGUUACGAGAGUAUAAUCAAAAAAUUUUUUACGAACAACAAGAAAUGACGUAAUUUUUAUGUAUAAUUAUGUAUCACUUUAUACGUUGCAUACAACUUGUCAGAUAUUCAAUUCUAAGUAUAAACGUCAACUAUAAGCACUGAGUGAGACUGUGAAGAAUUUGGCUGAAUUAUACUUACGAUGUUUUACGUCUUCAGGUUCAAUAAAUUAUAUGUGACGUAGUA